ACAUGCUAAGAGAAGACUGAUCGCAUCUUAUCUGCCUUUUGACCCGAUCGAUGAGCCCGCUUUCUCACUUGACCUCGACCAUGUCAGAUUUGGACCCCACCACCGAGUCCAACUACCAAGACGUCUCGUCAGAACAUGUCUCGAUCUUCUGGAAUGUAGACUUCAAGACCCAGAUUAUCGCUGGUUCCGUCACACAUCGCAUGAAUGUGCUCGGUGACAAUGUAUCGGAGGCAAUCUUCGAUACCAGUGAUCUUGAGAUCUCUCAAGUUGCAGUCAACGGAGACUCCGCCACUUACAACCUCAAACCCAAGCACUCGGUGAUGGGCUCAGCGCUUCACGUUCUUCUCCCCUCUGGAUUGAGACCGGGUGCCAAAAUCGAGGUCUCCAUCGCAUACAAGACGUCGCCCGAAAACACAGCGCUGCAAUGGCUGGAUCCAGAACAAACACAGGGGAAGCAGUUCCCGUACCUCUUCAGUCAAUGUCAGCCCAUCUACGCUCGUGCACUUCUUCCUGUGCAGGAUACGCCCUCGGUGAAAAUUACCUAUGCAGCCGAGGUGACUGCGGUCCUGCCUGUUCUCCUUUCUGCAAUCCGCGUCUCUCCACCAUCGGACGGCCCAGCACAUGACGGAAAAGUCAUCGGAGAGGAUGCUGUGACCUACAGAUACAGCCAGCCCGUACCCAUUCCUUCCUACCUGAUCGCCAUCGCCAGCGGCAACGUGCGCUACCGCCCUUUUGCGUCGCUGCCUGAACGGGCAUGGACCAGCGGUGUUUGGGCCGAGCCAGAACUUAUGGACGCGUCUUUUUGGGAAUUCAGUGAGCACACGGCCAAGUGGGUAACAGCCAUUGGCAACCACAUCUGGCACUUUCCGAACGCCAUUGCAGAUUCAUCGCGACCGCCGAGGAUAUUGUGGUGCCCUACAAAUUUGGUGUUUUUGAUCUGCUUGUCCUUCCGCCGUCUUUUCCUUAUGGCGGAAUGGAAAACGCCACUCCUAGCCGGAGACCGCACACUCGUCGAUGUUGUCGCUCACGAACUUGCCCAUUCGUGGUUCGGCAACGGAGUGACACACGCGCACGCUUCGCAUUUCUGGCUGAAUGAGGGCUGGACAGUCUGGAUGGAGCGUUUGCUCCUGCAAUACAUCCAUAAGUCGCCGGCAGCACGGGGCUUCUCAUAUAUCAUUGGCGCGAAAGCCCUCGCAGACGAUCUCAAGCUCCAUCAAGACCAACCACGUUACCAGCGACUCGUGAUUCCGUUCACGAGGGGUGAAGAUCCAGAUGACUCAUACUCGCGCGUCCCGUAUGAUAAAGGGGCCACACUGCUUCUGCAUCUCGAACAAACGCUGGGCGGCUUGGACGUCUUUCUGCCAUAUGUCAAGGACUACGUGUCCACAUUUGUUGGUUCCAGCAUCACGACUGAGCAAUGGAAGGAUCACCUAUACGGAUUUUUCGCGAAGCAAGGGGACAAAAUCGAAUUGCUUGACACCGUGGACUGGGAUGCCUGGCUCAACGGCGAAGGAACAAAACUGCCCGUCGAGCUCACGUUUGAUCAGACGCUUGCCCAGGCUGCAUACGCAUUAGCCGACAGAUGGGCUGCAUCAGAUGAUCUGUCGCAGUUCGUCCAAGCCGACCUGGGAGGCUUCAGCUCGACGCAGAAAAUUGUUUUCCUGGAGCGUCUCCAAGGUCUUGGUCCCUUGUCCAAGGAGCACAUCAUCCAGAUCGGCGCUGUCUACGGUCUGGCAGAGACCCUGAACGCCGAGAUUCGAUUACGUUUCUACGGCUUGGCACUGUCGCCGGCGACGCCAGAAGCUGCAUUGUACUACGUGAAGGCGGCUGCGAAUUGGGUAAUUGGGGCAGACGGUACUGGUGUGAUCAAAGGGCGCAUGAAGUUCUGUCGCCCCGUCUUGCGAUCUGUCCACAGAAUUGAUCCCGAGAUGGCUAUGGAGAUCUGGUCCGCCAACAAACACUCGUUUCAUCCCAUCGCUCGGAGAUUGGUUGACAAGGAUCUGGGCCUGUUCGAAUCGGACUAAGAUAAUGUAAUUCCAGACGUGUACUAGUCGAUAGCCACGAACGAUUAAAGAAGGGAAGCGAGUAAAGCGACACCACCGAGGACGGCAGCGACUGAGAGCUUCGUGUUUUCGGCGGCACCGCCGGUCUUCGA